AUGGCAGCAUGGGAAGCACACCGCCAGCGUUUGCAGGAGACACACGACAGGCGUCGCCAUGCCCUCGGCACUUCGUUGGUGGGCUCCGCCCUCACCGAACGCGGCAUCCCGACACUGCGCGGCCCACGUUUGGCCCAACGACAGGAACGGAGGCGCACGCCCGGAGCCCUGCAGGAAAGACCCUGCGCGAGGCGGGCUGGAGAGGGGCUGGAGCUGCGGCCCAGAGGACAGCACGAGUGGCCGGGGGUGCAGCAGGAGCUGCAGGCGGGGGGGCAGAAGGAGCUGCAGGCGGGGGGGCAGCAGGAGCUGCAGGCGGGGGGGCAGCAGGAGCUGCAGGCGGGGGGGCAGCAGGAGCUGCAGGCGGGGGGACAGCAGGAGCUGCAGCAGGAGUUGCGUGCUGGGGGGCAGCAGAAGCUGCAGGCGGGGGGACGGCAGGAGCUGCAGUCGCGGGGACAGCAGGAGCUGCAAGAGGAGGGUCAGCAGGAGCUGCAAGCGGGGGGGCAGCAGGAGCUGCAGGCGGGGGAGCAGCAAGAGCUGCAUGAGCUGGAGGUGGAGAUGGAGGAGCCACAAGAGGAGGCGCGAGGGGAGCUGCCGGUAGGCGUGCAGGAGGGGAGUCAAAUUGGGAAUCAACCCCAGUCGCAGGAAGGGCGGCGGCAAGGGUGUCAUGAGGCCAACCAGCCCUUGACUGGAAGCGUACAACAGGGGUUGCCGAUGGGGGAGUCGCAGGAGUUGCAAGUGCAGGACCAGCAGGGGGUCACUAGCCCGGGCGGCACGGGCCAAGCAGAAAGGCCGCGGGCGCGGCGCCGAAGGGGGCGACGACAGGGAGGGCAGAGGGCCGGGGGCCAGCCAGGGGUGACCGGAGCAUCCGAGGGAGUGAUACAGCCAGGGGGGCAGCCGGGGGUGACCGGAGCACCCCUGGGAGCGCUACAGCCAGGGGGGCAGCCAGGGGUGACAGGAGCACCCCACGGAGCGCUACAGCCAGGGGGGCAGCUGGGGGCGAUAGGAGCACCCCAGAGAGAGCAGCAGCCAGGGGGGCAGGCGGGGGUGACCGGAGCACCCCGGGGAGUGCUACAGCCAGGGGGGCAGCCGGGGGUGACCAGAGCACCCCUGGGAGUGCUACAGCCAGGGGGGCAGCCGGGGGUGACCGGAGCACCCCUGGGAGUGCUACAGCCAGGGGGGCAGCCGGGGGUGACAGGAGUACCCCACGGAGCGCUACAGCCAGGGGAGCAGCUGGGGGCGAUUGGAGCACGCCAGAGAGAGCAGCAGCCAAGGGGGCAGCCGGGGGUGACCGGAGCACCCCGGGGAGUGCUACAGCCAGGGGGACAGCCGGGGGUGACCGGAGCACCCCAGGGAGCGCUACAGCCAGGGGAGCAGCUGGGGGUGACCGGAGCACCCCUGGGAGUGCUACAGCCAGGGGGGCAGCCGGGGGUGACCGGAGCACCCCACGGAGCGCUACAGCUAGGGGAGCAGCUGGGGGUGACCGGAGCACCCCUGGGAGUGCUACAGCCAGGGGGGCAGCCGGGGGUGACCGGAGCACCCCAGGGAGCGCUACAGCUAGGGGAGCAGCUGGGGGUGACAGGAGCACCCCUGGGAAUGCUACAGCCAGGGGGGCAGCCGGGGGUGAUCGGAGCACCCCAGAGAACACAGCAGCCUGGGGGGCAACCGGGAGUGACCGGAGCACCCCAGAGAACACAGCAGCCUGGGGGGCGGCCGGGAGUGGCCGGAGCACCCGAGGGAGAGCAGCAGCCAGGGGGGCAGCCGGGGGUGACCAAAGCACCCCACGGAGUGCUACAGCCAGGGGGGCAGCCGGGGGUGACCGGAGCACCCCAGGGAGUGUUACAGCCAGGGGGGCAGCCGGGGGUGACCGGAGCACCCCUGGGAGUGCUACAGCCAGGGGAGCAGCUGGGGGUGACCAGAGCACCCCUGGGAGUGCUACAGGCAGGGGGGCAGCCGGGGGUGACCGGAGCACCCCAAGGAGUGCUACAGCCAGGGGGGCAGCCGGGGGUGACCGGAGCACCCCUGGGAGUGCUACAGCCAGGGGGGCAGUCGGGGGUGACAGGAGCACCCCAGGGAGCGCUACAGCCAGGGGAGCAGCUGGGGGCGAUUGGAGCACCCCAGAGAGAGCAGCAGCCAGGGGGGCAGCCGGGGGUGACCGGAGCACCCCUGGGAGUGCUACAGACAGGGGGGCAGCCGGGGGUGACCGGAGAACCCCAGGGAGUGCUACAGCCAGGGGGGCAGUCGGGGGCGACCGGAGCACCCCUGGGAGUGCUACAGCCAGGGGGGCAGCCGGGGGUGACCGGAGCACCCCAGAUAGAGCAGCAGCCAGGGGGGCAGUCAUUGGACGACCGGGAGCAGCAGUUGGAGGAGUGGUGCCGACUUUUGGAGUUUGAUACCCCCAUGGCGACUGCGGAGGAGUCAGAGGCGGACGAAGAACCUCCCAUGCAGCCUUCCCCAUGCCCUCGUUUUCCGUGUGACACGUGUUUUCACACGUUCGCUACGCGAGGGGCUGCUGCGAACCACAUGAGGGUAUGCCGGGCGGCUGAGGCGGAGAGGCGCGCGCAGGCACUUGGCUCGACCCCGUCACUGGUGGAGACCGACACGCAGGAGCGACCGACGCCGCGGGAAUUUGGGGACGAGGCGUGGGCCGGGGUUACGUCUUGGGAAUGGGAAGCAUUUUUCAGUGUGGAGGCGGUUGGAGGGAGGACAGUGCGCCGGAUCCCACAGCGGGCUCGGUCAGGGGUCUUAGACGUGCUCUGUUGCGUCUUAAAGCGUUUGAAGAGCCGGCCGGGGGAUGAAGCCGCCACCCUCCUACUCUUGGCUUUUCCGCGCCUCAUCCUAGCCGUGCCUCCCAAGCCAGGCAUAGGACAGAAGGCGCUGAUCAUAGAGCGGUUGGGGGCGUUUUGGGAGGGGAGGUGGCGGGAGCUGUUUGACUCCGCCAUGGUGGCGGCGCGGCCAGCAGUACGCCCACUUGCCUACACUUGCUCUGACCAGGACCCGGAUGCCAUCCGCCUGUCACGGUGCCGAUCUCGGUGUAAAGUGGGAGAGUGGAGCCAAGGAUUGGCUUGCCUUACGGCAGGGGAGUUGGCCCGGUCGUCUGAGGCCAUGGUGCAGUCGCUGCGAGAGAAGCACCCUGCUAGCACUAGCGAGGUACCACAGUGGGUCCGUGAUUUCACCGUCGAUGCUCCUCAGCGGCCUCCACUCACGACCGACAUCCUGGCCAGAACUAUCCAUACAGCCGCUCGCGCUUCAGCAGCAGGGCCAUCGGGGUGGGUCACGGAGCAUCUGCGCGACACCUUCCUCACUGAACCUUCCUGCCUUUCCCACCGGUUGGAGGUGUUCAACCAAUGGGUGGCGGGACAGGUCCCCGAGCGGGCUCGGCCCUGGCUCGCCGCAUCCAACCUAGUUGGGCAUUCCAAGCCUAACGGCGACGUCCGGCCGGUCGCGAUUGGGGAAGUGCUUCCGCGUAUCCUUGCUCGAGCUCUCUGCAUCUCGCUCCGCCCUGGGAUGGCUUCCUACUUUCUGCCGUGCAACCAGCUGGGAGCGGGCACCAGGGCCGGGGCGUUUGGGGUGCUGCGGGAGCGGUUGGAAUGGGUGGGGCUGGAGGUGCAGGCGCACAAGUGCCGGUUUUGGGAGAGCGAGGGCGGGGAUGUGGAGCUGGCACUGCCAUUGGGGAUGCAGCGGGUGGAGGAGGGUCUCACUGUGGUGGGCGUACCUAUUGGGGAGGAGGGUUGGGAGGCCGCGCGUGAUAUUGCACAGUUGGGGGUGGCGGGCGAGGAGGCGAUGUUUGCGGAGUACCUCACCACUUCGGCAGGGGUGAAGUUUCUUGACCCGUGGUUUGCCAAGGCUCUUGAGCAGCUGCCUGCGACUAUACGCCAGGAGAUGCCGGGCUUACCUCUGUGCGUAGCGGCCCCUCCUCUUCGGCUUUUCCAGGCGCGGCAGCGGUUGUUGGCGGUAGAGGAGCUCCAGACACUGCGUCGCUCGGCUCGUGACGAUGCCACCCUGGCCCGUUUCACAUCCCUUCAGGGCCCGGGGGCUGGUGCAUGGGUUUCGGCGGUUCCGGCUCACUCAGAUCUCACAUUCACUGCGGCGGAGUGGGGCAUUGCUGCUGCUAUACGGCUCGGGCUCCCAAUUCAGCAGCUGCAGGUGGCGGGGAGGUGUGUUUGUGGCACAGCAUAUGUUGACUCAGCAGACCCGCAUCAUGCCCUGAGAUGCAAGCACAAGCAUGGUCCAUCUCGGGUACAUGAUGAGGUGAAGUUUGCGGUGGCGAAGAUCUCUAAGGCGUCUGGGGGGGUGGUGACAAUGGAGGAUAGUGUGGUGCUGCAGGGGAAGCGGGUUGAUGUGGCGGUGCGACGACCAAUGGCUGGAGAGGCUCACGCCCUGGAGAUCAGCGUCGCGGACCCGCUAUCGCUGUCUCCAUCUUUGCUAGGACAGUGCGGGCGUCAAAUAGGCGUGGCGGCAAGAGAAUGGGAGCGUCGUAAAACGAGCGAUUACGCGUCUCUGCUUGCACGCAACCGGGGCGUGCAGUUCACUCCUAUGAUAGUGGAGACGUGGGGGUGUCUCGACGGUCGCUUUCGGAGGUGGCUUCGUCAGCAGGGAGAUGCGCACGUGGGGCUAGCUGUCUCCCGGGGGGGUUUUCGGGAGGACGACACUGUGUUUUCGGCUUAUCUUCUAGGGUCACUGAAGGCGCUCAUCGGGGUGGCGUUGCAACGCGCGCAAGCCCGUGUCAUCCUGCUCCGAGCGGCGUCUUCUAUGGGGGGGAUUAACGUUGACUUGGUGGACCGGGAGUGGGACGAUGGCGAUGCGGAAGGCGGGGCUCUCUGGGUGGAGGCCCCGUACAUGGUGGAUUUGCUGUUGUGA